AUGACGGUGGCGAACACUGAAGCACCGACUGGCGGCUCGGAGACCAGUGUGUACAUGCACACGGGGUCGUACGGCUCGGCCACGCGUACGUUGAACUCAACCUAUUCUUGCUCGUGCGCUGCGGCCCACGUGAUGUUCGUCGUGAAGACGAGCGAGUCGGAGAGGACGAUGCUGGCUACGCAACUACUGAGUGGCCUGUACGUUAUCCGGCUCGGCCAGACCAAGUACACCCCAAGCUCCGGUCAUGGCGGUGCUGAGUCCUGUACUCCUCGUACUUGGAUGUGUGCCGGAAUGCUCGACGACGACAAGACGACAAAGAGCAACCAAGUACACACACUGGACGUGGUCGUGCACGCAGCAUUUACCGUUGCCGCUGCUGGCCAGGUCUGGCUCGCUCUCUUGAAGACUGUCCGAUGCAAAUCGGACGCAGGACGAACAGGAGGCACGUCUCUGGGCGUUGUAUCGGACACGUGCGGUGACGAUCUGCCAGCUGCUAAAGAAGGGUCCACGAUGAGGAAUUUGCGUCCAAGGAGGACAGAUGGUGGACUUUCCCUGAACAGCAAGAAAUUAAAAUUUUUGACAUCCCCGAGCACAAUUUUUCCGGAAGCUGAAAGAGUUGUCAUUGAAAAGACCCGAGCGAUGGAAGCCAGAAAACGCACAAAGUGCCAUUCGAACUCUGGCACCGACGAUGCUGCGUGGCUAUUACGAGCGUUAGGCAAGAAGAAAAAGAAGAAAAGCAAGAAUGCAGCGGAGACCAAUGCAGUCAGAACCUCGGGAACCGAAACAUCGGCGAAGAAGACGCAGCAGAAAGUAGAAAAUGAGCGAAAAGUGGGCGUCAUUGGGCUCUCCAUGUCCGUGCAGGAACGUCAGCAGUUGUGGCGCAAUGGGUCGACCAAGAAGCCUCUGGAUGAAGCUGCAGAGCAUACCAAACAGCAGGAACGAGAACGCCAGGAAACAGGCUUUGACCGGGUCUUCCAAGAAGUCUUCGGCAAGGAUCAAGUGGGACAGAAAGGAGCGGACGAGGAAGAGAUGGACAGCAUCCUUGGCGCUGCUAAGGCGUCCUCUCUGGGACUCUCUACUACGACAGCGUCGUUGAUGGCUACCAAUGACGGCAACGCGAAGGAAACUACAGAAACAGGGAAACGCAGAGCUCCAGACGACGUAGAAGAAAACUCUUGGGGCUUUGCUUCGACUGAGAACAGUGCACUAAGUCUCGAUGACUUUGACGCUGAAGAAGACAGUAACAAUGUGGAUUCUGGUGCCUUUAAAGCUGGAAACGCUGCAGAAUUUGAGCGAUGGAAGGCCGAGGACGCACAGAGAGCUGUGAGUGACAAUUUUGUCAAGUUAAACAUGCGCAAGCGCUUCAAAGGAAGUUCUGGACGUGCCAAGAAGCGUCCAGCUUAUCUGCGAGCUCGGAAUGAGAACUCACUGGACGAAGCUACUGGCGAGAAGUCGACAGGAAUCGCGCCAGUUGUCGAUGCCAAUGGCAGUCAACAACGCAAGCUGGACAAGUCUUUGCUGGCUGACGACGGAGUGGACUUCAUUGAGGAAUGUCUGGAGGCGUUGGCCAAGGCGGAGAAGGCGCAUGAGCUCACUAAUCAGGCAACUGACUCGAAGUCCCCUAAGCAGGGAUUGGAACCCCCGAGAUGUCAUCAUGCGCUGGUCUGUCCGAGACGCAUGUUGUGGCGGUCAACUCGAGAUUGGCUCGAACGUCAUCUCGACUUGAAGGCAGCUACCAUCGAGACGUUCCUGACGCUGCUGGCACUGGAGACACAGCGAGAACGAGCUGUCAAGGAAGACAGGACAGGCCUACGUGUCACGCUGCAGCCUCAGAGUAUGAGUCGAUGCACGCUGCAGCUACUGGACUCACAGGCGAAGAAAUUGGCGCCUCGCUCAUGUGUGAAGAUGUUGCUGGACGCUGCGCGACGCAAGGAGCUGCCUCAUGGUCAUGUUUCACAUCGCAAGGACGGGUACUUGAGCUCCUGGACUGUAGACUUUCACUUGCACGAGACAGCGCAGUGGUACGCGCGUGUUGGCGGCAAGAAAGAAGGCUCUGCAACGCCUUUGGCGACUUUAGAUGCGCAACAGGAGGGAGAGACGAACGCUGCUGCGGUGGCUGCAGCAACCAACGAACGGCGGAUGCUACAGGAGCUGCGAGCUGCGCAACAGACUGGCCAGAUCCAGCGCCUGACGCUGUCGCAGCCAGCGUUCCAGCUGCAGCUGAGCUGGCGAGUCGACGAGACCGAAGAGAUGAAGACCGAGGCUGCGGAACGAUGGACCGCCAGUCUGUACGCGAAGCACGAACACCUCGAGUCACGGCAGCUCGCUCGUCUUGCGCAGCUGUACAGUGCACUACACGCAGCUGCGCUGCCAGCGCCAUCUCCGUCCAGACCGCACGACGAGAAUGAAGAAGAUCUUGAGAGUAAGGCCCUCGCUCUGGAGACGAAACUCGUGCACUACUUCGAGGACGAAGAUAGUGACGAAGGAGAGGAAGACGAACGUUUACUACACAAGAUGCUACGUCCUCUUACCGCAUCUCUGAUCGAGGCAAUUGAGCGAGACACGAGCUCGCUGAUACAGCUGCGUCUUGGUGGGAAUCCGAUGGAGGAAAGUAGUGCCGAGGACAGAGAGAAGAUCAUGUGGACGAGCUAUGCGGUGGCCAAGGUGUUUCACGGGCUUACGACGCCGCAACUCCCGACACGACAGUGGCGCGACCACGUCUGCUGGCGUCGCUACUCCGACGUCGCCUUCGAGCGCAUCGUACAGAUUGCAAACAGAGUGUUAGUGGAGGAUCAAGCUACAGCAAGUAAGGAUUCAGCGUCUAUAGAAGAAUAA